AUGGAGUUCCUACAAGCGCUAAACGAAGCGCAGUCGAAAGCCGUACAUCAUGACCCCGCCAUACCCCUUCAGAUCCUGGCAGGACCUGGGUCUGGGAAGACGAAGGUCCUAACCUCGCGCAUCGCGUACCUCAUCCUUCAUCACAAGAUUCCCCCAUACGCGAUAUGCGCCGUGACGUUUACCAACAAGGCCGCGAACGAGAUGCGCGAGCGCCUCACCAAGCUCCUGGGGCCAGAACAGACCUCGCAGAUUAGGAUGGGCACCUUCCACGCGUUGUGCGCCCAGUUCCUGCGGAGAUACGGCAGCAAGAUCGGGGUGGACAGCAACUUCACCAUCUGUGACAUUGACGAGGCCAAGAAGAUCAUCUCAAACCACCUUUCCCGCUACAAGGCCGACCUCAAGGACAACACCCUCAAGGACGCCACCGUCCUCGCCAGCAUCUCCAACGCGAAGGCGAAAGGCCUCACCUCCGACGAUCUCUUUCGCCGACAGCAGAACACCUCGUCUGAGGACCCCGCCAGCGAGAUCGAGCGCGUCGUGACGCAAGUGUACUCCGACUACGAGGCGUCACUGCGGCAACACAACAGCAUGGACUUCGAUGAUCUGCUUGUGUUUGGCGUGAAGCUGUUCAGGGAGCAUAGGGAGACCGUGCAGUGGUGCAAACAUAUCUUGGUGGAUGAGUUUCAAGACACGAAUACGACCCAAUACGAGCUCAUGCGAGCCAUUGCUGUCAACCGCUGUGUCACCAUCGUCGGCGACCCUGAUCAGUCAAUCUACGGGUGGCGCGCCGCUGAAGUUGGGAACUUGGCCAAGAUGAGGAAAGACUUUGUCCUCACCGAACAGAUCUUGCUCGAGCAGAACUACCGCUCAACCGGGCACAUCCUCUCCUCCAGCCUCGCCAUCGUCAACGAAGACAAGGACCGCAUCCAAAAAUCCCUCCGCUCCUCCCACCCCAACGGCAAGGUCCCGGUCCUGCGCGCCUUCUCGUCCGAGCAGGCCGAGGCCGCGUUCAUCGCGACCGAGAUCAAGCGCGUGGUGGCGAAUAUGGGCGGCGUGGUGAGGUGGUGUGAUUUUGUUAUACUGCUCCGCUUCAACGCCCUAUCACGGCCCAUCGAGGCAGCGUUGCAGAAGGAGGGCAUACCGAGUCGGGUGCUGGCUGGGCAUAAGUUCUUUGAGCGGUUGGAGAUCAAAGAUCUCCUCGCGUACCUCCAGCUCAUCGACAACCCGCACUUUUUCCCGGCGUUUGCGCGCGCGGUCAACGUUCCGUCGCGGGGGAUCGGCGAUAAGACCCUCGGCGAAAUUGCCGCCCGCGCCGAGAAGUCCAAGCUCUCCGCGCUCGAGCUGGUAGAGAAGAUCUGCGACGGCCGGACGCCGGAUAUCAAACCCGCGAUCAAGAUGAAGCUCAAGCGAUUUGUGGGGCAUAUGCGCGAGUUGAGGGAGGAUGCGACUAACGGCGCCCUCCCCGCGGACCUCAUCCGCAAGCUUGUCGACCUCACGCAGUACGAGGAGCACCUCAAGCGCACGCAGCAAGACGCGGACACGCGCUGGGAGAACGUGAAGGAGCUGAUCAACUUUGCGACCGAGGAGGAUGUGGUGGUGGUUGAUGAGGGGGAUGCUGAUACCACGCCUUUGCGCAAGUUCCUCCAGGCGUCGAUGUUGUCGUCUGAAGGGGACAAGGAGCAGGUGGAUGACAAAAAUAAAGUGACAAUAUCGACAUGCCAUGCCGCCAAAGGCUUGGAAUGGCCCGUGGUCAUGGUUCCCUCAGUUGAGCAAGGGAUCUUCCCUUUCUACCGGACUGAAGACCAUGCGGAGGAAAGGCGACUGCUCUACGUUGCAUGCACGCGCGCGCAGGGUCUCUUGUACCUCACUCACGCCGCCAAGCGGAAGGUCAACGGCGAGCAGAAGACGAAGGAGGUGUCGCCCUUCUUGGCUGCUGUGACAAAGAAGAAUAAGGUGGGUUCACUACGCCGUGACACUAUCUUCACGAUCAAGGCGCCCGAGUUCAACGCGGAAGACAGGCGCGUGUUGGCCAAGGUCCUUGACAGGCGACCUCCGGAUGAAGCUGAGGUCGAGCGCCGUGUGGCUGAGUUGUGA